GUCUAUUUCAUGCAAAAUGGCCGAUAUUGAUUUUUAUCGCAAAAGCAGUUAAAAAACGACUGUAAUUUUUGUCGUAAUUCUUAACUGGGUCGGAUUUGAUGUUUACCUUGAAAAAUCUCUUUAAUACCGUAGAAAUUGUUAUGCUGUAGAAGUAGAUACUUGGUUGGAAUGAUAUAAGGUUAAUUUUAGUGCUGUGCUUCGGAAUAUUAUCAUGAAAAUGGUUCUAUCUCAAAGACAGCGAGAAGAGCUCAACAAAGCUAUCGCUGAUUACCUAAAUAGCAAUGGUUAUACCGAAGCAUUAGAUGCCUUCAAAAAGGAGGCCGACAUGCCGGGGGAAGUCGAGAGGAAAUUUGGAGGUCUCCUGGAGAAAAAAUGGACGUCGGUCAUCAGACUUCAAAAGAAGGUUAUGGAGUUGGAAUCGAAACUAAACGAUGCCGAGAAGGAGUACAUCGAGGGAGCUCCGACGAGAGGCAAAAGGUGUCCCACCGAGUGGAUACCUAGGCCACCAGAGAAGUUCUGUCUCACUGGUCAUAGAGCGCCAGUAACUCGAGUUAUAUUUCAUCCUGUAUUCAGUCUUAUGGUGUCUGCCAGUGAAGAUGCUACUAUGAAAAUUUGGGACUUCGAAACGGGUGAAUACGAAAGAACAUUAAAAGGGCAUACUGAUCCAAUUCAAGAUAUUGCUUUUGAUACGUCUGGAAAACUUCUUGUGUCUUGCAGUUCAGAUAUGAGUAUAAAAUUAUGGGAUUUCCAACAGAGUUUUGAAUGUAUUCGUACGAUGCUGGGACACGAUCACAACGUGUCCAGUGUGUCCUUUAUGCCCGCAGGUGAUUUCGUAGUGUCGUCCAGUCGAGACAAAACUAUCAAAAUGUGGGAGGUGUCCACUGGAUAUUGUGUCAGGACCUAUACAGGACACAGAGAAUGGGUACGUAUGGUCCGACCGUCUCCCGACGGCACCCUCCUGGCCAGCUGUUCCAAUGACCAGUCGGUCCGGAUCUGGGUCGUUUCCUCCAAGGAAUGCAGGAGUGAACUGCGCUCGCACGAGCACGUGGUGGAGUGCAUCGCCUGGGCCCCCGAUAUCGCCACCGGAGCCAUCAACGAAGCGGCCGGGGCUGAUAAUAAGAAAGGGGCCCACAUGGGUCCAUUUUUAGCCAGCGGAAGCAGGGACAAAUCCAUAAGAAUUUGGGAUGUAGGAGCUGGAAUUGCAUUGUUUGUACUUACUGCUCACGAUAAUUGGAUUAGAGGAGUGGUGUUCCAUCCCGGAGGCAAGUUCUUAAUUUCCGCCAGCGACGACAAAACGUUGAGGGUUUGGGACUUAAGGAACAAACGUUGCAUGAAAACGUUAGAGGCUCACAAACACUUUUGCACCUCAGUAGAUUUCCACAAAGCACACCCUUACGUUAUUUCCGGCAGCGUAGACCAGACAGUAAAAGUGUGGGAAUGUCGUUAAGAAAUUCUACUCACACGUCUGAAGAAAAUCUAUAAGAAAAGAAACAUUUCUAAAAUGAAAAAUACGCGGGUGAAGAUAUAAAAAUAGAAUAACUAUAGCCCCGAAUGCCAACAAUCGUUUCAUACGUCGUUUAUAAGUUCAUUUUUUUUAAG